CAGCAGAAACAGUGUGAGAGAUUAAAAGAUUUGUUUGUGCCAUUCAUCGUUCUUCUUCUUCUACUUAGAUUCAGAAAAUUAAAACAAGAAACUGAAUGUUCACAAAAAUAUGCUUAAGCGGUGUAGUUACACUUCGCAUGCAUUGAAAAGGUAUAUGAAACUUGUCGAAAUUGCAACUAUUUUGAGGGACGACGUGAUUGAUCUGUGCGCGGUUUCAGCAAUGUCGGACUUGAUGGGACUAAUUCUAAUCGUGCUGUUGGCUUUCCUGGCUAGGCACGACUGUCUGGCAAGAAGUGAUGAUAGAGCGGUUCGGGUAAAACGACAUUGAUGUCAGUUUUGGCUUAUCGUCAACCGGCUGGUACUGUAGUUCAUGGUGAUAUAUUGAUAAAUGGCCGUCAUAUUGGGCCAUUUAUGCAUCGCAUUAGCGGUUUUGUUUAUCAAGAUGAUCUAUUUAAUGGCGCUCUUACUGUCGCGGAGCACAUGAAUUUCAUGGCUCUUCUACGUUUGGAUCGUCGCGUUGAUCGACAAGAACGUAAAUUUAUUAUACAUGAUUUGCUUGAGCGUACCGGUUUAAUUGGCUCAGCUAAUACUCGCAUUGGUUCGGGUGAUGAUAAAAAGGUUUUAUCGGGUGGUGAGCGUAAACGCUUAGCUUUCGCCGUCGAAUUAUUAAAUAAUCCGGUGAUAUUAUUUUGCGAUGAACCUACUACCGGUUUGGAUUCGUAUAGUGCUCAACAAUUGGUGCAAAUAUUGUACGAUUUGGCUCAAAAGGGUACCACUAUAUUGUGCACUAUACAUCAACCCUCCAGUCAAUUGUUUGAUAUGUUUAACAAUGUUUUACUGUUAGCCGAUGGUCGAGUCGCAUUCACGGGCUCACCGCAAAACGCUUUGGAGUUUUUCGCCGCCAACGGCUACCGUUGCCCAGAUGCCUAUAAUCCAGCCGAUUAUCUAAUCGGCGUUUUAGCCACAGAUCCGGGCUACGAGCAAGCCUCACAACGUUCAGCUCAAUAUUUAUGUGAUCUAUUCGCUGUUAGCUCAGCCGCCAAGCAAAGGGAUAUGCUCGUCAAUUUGGAAAUACAUAUGGCUCAGUCCGGGGAUUUUCCGUAUGAUACCGAAGUGGAUAUUUUUAAAGCCGCCGCUUGGUAUAAGAAAUUUCAUGUCGUUUGGUACCGUACAACUUUAACGUUAUUGCGUGAUCCUACCGUACAAUGGUUGAGAUUUUUACAAAAAAUGGCAAUGGCUCUAGUAAUCGGAGCUUGCUUUGCCGGCACUACCGAAUUGACGCAAAUGGGUGUGCAGGCAGUACAGGGUGCUGUAUUUGUUAUGAUAUCGGAGAAUACUUAUCAUCCAAUGUAUUCGGUAUUGAAUGUUUUCCCGCAGGGCUUUCCGCUAUUUAUACGCGAGACUCGCUCGGGAAUGUAUACGACAGCCCAAUACUAUGCAGCUAAUAUAUUGGCAAUGUUGCCCGGGAUGAUAAUUGAACCGUUUUUAUUUGUUAUUCUCUGCUAUUGGAUAACCGGUCUGCGGUCAACUUUUAAAGCGUUCACCAUAACGGCCAUGGCUGUGGUAUUAGUUAUGAAUGUAGCAACAGCUUGUGGUUGUUUUUUUUCGACCGCAUUUAAUUCUGUGCCUUUGGCAAUGGCAUAUCUAGUACCUUUGGACUACAUAUUUAUGAUAACGUCAGGCAUAUUCAUUAAAAUUAGUACUCUGCCUGUGGCUUUUUAUUGGACGCAAUAUUUAUCCUGGAUGCUAUAUGCGAAUGAAGCCAUGACGAUAGCGCAAUGGUCUGGUGUGGAGAAUAUCACUUGUUUUCAAGAGAGCGAAGAUUUGCCUUGUUUUCAUACCGGUCAAGAUGUACUUGAUAAAUACAGUUUUAAUGAGUCGCAUCUUUAUCGAAAUUUAUUGGCCAUGUUUGGUAUUUAUAUGGCUUUUCAUCUUCUUGGCUAUUAUUUUUUAUGGCGUCGCACGCGUAAAGUUUAAAUCAUUUACAACGAAACCUAG